AUGUCGCGGUAUGAUGGCGCGCGGAGCGCCGCAAUGUUUGGCACCAACGGUUUUGUUAAGGUCUCAGAUCGCACAUGGGAUCAACCUCCAUCCUUCAUUGGGCUUCGGAAGGUUCGAUCUGACCCUGUCCUACAGACGGUCAAUGCACAGAAGCGCCACCAAACGCGUGUGGGCGCCGGGGACGAAGGCUCACAUCCACACCGGGACACAGAGAACAAGCAGCAGGCGCUCAGCUUGUUGCCCCCGGGGCGGCUGGAAGAGGUGACGAAUGCGGCGUUGGCCUCGAUCGACGGGACCCGGAGUUCCAUGGAGCACUUCCAGGGACGGCCGGGGCAGGAGGUGGACGAACGGCCCGAGGAUCCCGACGCCUUGGAGGAUUUGCAGUUCAGGUUGGCCUGUUACCGCUACAGUCGGCGUAUUGAGCCACCUCCACUACCUUUGGCCAUGGAUCCGUCGUUUGGCCCAGCGCCUCCACGGCCCGAUCCUCCGGUGCCCAUCGUCAUGUCCUCCACGCAGCUCCGGAGCUUCCAGCCACAGCGGCGUCGCGUCCGGCUGGCGGAGCAGGCGGAGCACAGGAGACUGCGGAAUGAAGCUGCCAAAGUGAAGCGGCAGAUUGCAGAGCAGGAGAAUACCGAGAGGUAUUCUGCAGAAAUGGAUCGCUACAUGCGGCGAAUGGAUCGCUUUGAGAAUGACAAAAGAAUGAGCCGGACGGGAGGCCGUCGGCGCUCAAUGGCAUCGUUGUCCUUGGCACAGCAGCUUGAGGAGCGAAGAAAGCAGUUUCUGCAGAUCCUGGCGGCUGCUGCCUUCCUUCACCGCAGCAGCAAAGUCCUGGAUGGAUUUGGGCCUGUGAGCCAGGUGUCCCUAGCUCGCUUCACCACUCUUGUCAAAGAGAACCGUGGAACUGGCCCCAAUGCCUUUGCGAAGGCCGCGGCGCAGAUGGUCUGGCGCACCUGCUAUGCCCGGAUCAUGCGAGAGCAGAUGGCCAGCCUCGCUGUACUCCAAGAGGUUCCAGCCAGCCCUAGAUCUCCUAUGAGUCCUAUGAGCCCACGAAGCCCUUCUAGCCGGCAGCCAGAUGGCCCACGACUGCCCUUUCUGCAGAGUGGCGAGGCGAUAGAAUUUCUGGGGCGUGUGAAGUUCGUGGAGGACCAGCUUGGUGCUCGCAUGAGGAUCCGGAGGCAGCGAGCUGCAGCCAGGUGUCUCCUAGUGGUGCUGCGAUCUUGGCACCCCUUUGCAAUUCAGCGAAUGAUGCGGCACAUUGCAGCCUGCGUGAAGCGAUUGCAGCAAUUUCUUCACCGUGCCGUGUUGCGAUUAAAAGCCACCCGCAUCAUGGUAAAGGCACAAAUGGUCCAGAUUGAGCGGGAACUGGUGGAGAAGGAGCUUUCAGAGGAUGAUGCGAAAGCGGACCCCUCCAAGCGUCGAGCAAAGGUCUCGGCACAAGAGCAGGAGGCCAAGGUGAACCGAUGCUUGCUGCCUGACAACUGGCGGACUCAAGUGGUUCAUUCGAUGUUGAGAAUGCGACGACUGCAACAGAUGGAACGACUGCGUGAAUGGAGAGUGGACAUGAGCACAUACUACUGGGAGGUGUCUGAGUGGCGGAAGUCUGGGCAUUCCUUGCCAAUCCCAACGAUGCCACCGUAUCCAACUCACGUUCCUUCACAAAAGGUGCUUUACAAGUUGGUUGUGGAUGCUCGAAAGCUUCGCAAGCUGUCGCCAUCACCCAGUGACUUCGUUGCUUUGGCGCAAAUGGCCCGGCAACAGCCCGUUGACGCCACCGGAUCUGAAUGGCACCUUCUGGUGGGAGAUGUGGCUGGGAGCGAGACCUUUGGGCAAACUCAAGAUACAUUCUCUGCCAAGGUCAUCGAGCCACUCUUGACUCCGAAAGGCACUCUCUUGAGAUGA